GAAAAAAAAGUUAACAUUACCAAACUGUCCUUUAUCAUAUAUGAUUCAUUUUGGAGCAAUGAACAAAAUGUAUUACUGUUUAUGUUUGUGGAGUGGCCUUUUUUCCAACCUAGAGUGAAAACUAAUGCAAAGUUAUUGAAACUUCACUGUUGAAAGUUUUAAUGGUAACUGUGUUGGUCUAUUCACAUCUGAUUGAGGGCUGAGGAAUUCAAAUUAAAGCAAAUAUUAAAUGUACUGGUUUCACGCUCUCAUACAUUACGGUUCAACAGAGAAAAAUUAAAAGGUCACAUCUUUGUAUCCAAUCAGGAUGUUGUUUUUUAAAUGAGGUAAAUAGGAACAUCUCCGUCUCUCAAAGCUUCUUUGACAACAGAGAUGGCUAAUCAUCUAAUCAGCCGAUCCCUUCUGCAGGUAAAUGAGAUGCUCCCCUAUGAGUUGAGACAGAGCAUUCGAUGCCCUAAAAAGUAUGGGCAGACUGUUAAGGAGAGGAACUUCUUGUUGGCUCCACCAUUUAGUUCGCAGCUAUUGUUUGAGGAGCACGACCCUGAGAAACCGCUGGAUGAGAGGUAUAUCAGGAAUGCUGCAAUUAUUCCAGAUCUCUCUGAUCAGUUGUGCAGCUCUGAAGCUGUCAAGACAGAGGAGACCUCAGGUGCUGCUCUGAUGAUCCAUGGUUAUUCAGUGGAAGACUUCCAGAAGACCCAUCACUCUGUGGUGGAUCCCCUGCUCUACAGGCCCUGUGGGAAGCAGAGGCCUUACAGCCUGGAGCUGGGGUUUAUCAUCAAGGAACGCCUGCUGGACAAGAUGGCGUAUCCGACACUGGAGAUUUCAGAGCGCCCAGAUGGAAAGGUGGAAGUGACGGAGAGGUUCUGUGUGCUUCGUUCAACACCUUCUAUAGAUAUAGACUGUAAAGGGGAACUGUGGUAAAAUUCAUCCAAAGACUUUCUAUAAUAAGCAUGGGUUUUCGCUUUGUUAAACUUAUUACUAUAUACUUCUA